AAGUCCAUGGAAAAAGCAUACACUGCUACCAUGGCAACAAUGAAUACUCCUCUAUUAGCCACCCCCAAAACCUCUUGUCGCAAAACUAUAUGUCUAGUUAUCUCCAUGGUUGCAAUCUUAAGCUCAACCACACUAGUUACCAUGCGCUAUUACACAAAAACUGACCCCUCUUCCCCUCCUGGCCUAUUGCAAAACUUAUGUGACCAUGCCUAUGACCAAGAAUCAUGCCUAGCCAUGGUCUCACAAAUAGCUUCAUACACAUCCACUAAAAUGAGCCAAGUCGGUCUACUUCAGCUCUUGCUAGGAAAAUCCACAUCCCACAUACAAGAUACUAUUGAAAAGGCCGAGGUUAUUCACAGUCGGAUCAAUGAUGCUAGAGAGCAAGCCGCUCUAGGAGAUUGUGUGGAGCUGAUGGAGAUCUCCAAGUACAGAAUCAAGGACACAAUAGUUGCUCUUGAAAGAGUUACAUCCGAAUCCCAUGCAAAUGCUCUUACGUGGCUUAGCAGUGUCCUCACCAACCACGAUACAUGCUUAGAUGGGCUAAAUGGUCCAGCCAGAUCCACAAUGGAGCUAGACCUCAAUGACUUGAUAUUGAGAGCGAGAACUUCUCUAGCCAUACUAGCUGCAAUUUCACCCUCGAAAGAAAAUAAUGACAUCUUUCCAUUGAAAGAAGAUUUUCCAUCAUGGCUACCUAGCAUGGAUAGAAAGCUUCUAAUUACUUUGCCAAAGGACAUCAACGCUGAUGUUACAGUGGCUAAAGAUGGGAGUGGUAAGUACAAGACUGUGAAAGAGGCUGUGGCAUCAGCACCAGAUAAUGGCAAGACCAGGUAUGUUAUUUAUGUGAAGAAGGGGACAUACAAGGAGAAUGUGGAAGUGGGAAAGAAAAAGAAGAACGUGAUGCUUGUUGGUGAUGGCAUGGAUUCCACUAUCAUUACUGGUAAUUUGAAUGUUGUUGAUGGGUCUACAACAUUCAAAUCUGCCACCGUAGCUGCUGUUGGUGAUGGAUUCAUAGCCCAGGACAUUUGGUUCCAAAACACCGCUGGCCCAGAGAAGCAUCAAGCGGUGGCCCUCCGCGUCGGAGCUGAUCAAUCAGUGAUUAACCGAUGCCGCAUUGAUGCCUAUCAAGACACCCUCUACACCCACAGCCUCCGGCAAUUCUACAGGGAUAGCUAUAUUACUGGCACGGUGGACUUCAUCUUCGGCAAUGCUGCUGUGGUGCUCCAAAACUGCAAGCUUGUACCACGAAAGCCCAUGAGUGGACAAAAGAACAUGGUAACAGCCCAAGGAAGAACUGACCCAAACCAAAACACUGGGACAUCAAUCCAGAAAUGUGACAUUAUAGCAAGCUCUGAUCUUACUCCUGUUAAGAGCUCAUUCAAAUCAUACUUGGGCCGUCCAUGGAAGGAGUACUCAAGGACUGUUGUAAUGCAGUCCAAUAUUGGUGACCUUAUUGAUCCAGCUGGGUGGUCAGCGUGGGAUGGGGAGUUUGCCCUAAAGACUUUGUAUUACGGUGAGUAUUUGAACCAGGGAGCCGGUGCUGGUACUAGUAAGAGAGUGAAGUGGCCAGGUUAUCAUGUCAUUACUAGUGCUAAUGAGGCCAAGAAAUUCACGGUGGCUGAGUUGAUACAAGGAGGGGUUUGGUUGAAGUCUACUGGAGUUUCUUAUACAGAAGGGCUGUGAUGAUAGACCGGGGUCAAUGUCUUCUCAAAACAAGUGAAAUGUUGUGGCUUUUUUUUCUCUUUUUUCCCUUUUAGAACCAUUUCGGUCGGUAGAAAUGGGCUCAACUUCGGUAGAAAUGGUUUUUCUUUUGACUAGAAAUAAUGGGUUUUGAGUUAUUAAUAGGAGCUUUCUUCAUUUCGUUUAA